AUGUUCUCCUCCUGCUUUGGCCUUGGUAGCCACCGGCGCCGUACCGCUGAGGAAGAGCCCCUCCUCCCCCAAUAUGACGACGACACCUCGCGGCAGCGGCGCCUCCACCAGAAACUGCACACCUACCAGAUGCUGCGUGCCCUCGCCCGUGGCUUCAUGCCCUCCAAUGAGCAGGCAAUCGUCAACUUGCGCACCCUGUUAGCCGCGGACCUUCUCAACCCAAAUCACGGCCGGGAUCAUCAUCUAAGUGACUCGGGGCAGGCGCUAGUACAUUACACCAGGCAGUGGUUGGGGCAGUUGGUGGAGUUGUUGGAGCACAAGAAUGCAGGAGAUCAGAUCCAGGAUUUUCUGUGGUAUCUAUCUCAAGCGAGGAUAAAUGUGGAUAUGGAAGAUAUCGCUGAGCGGGCGAGCAAAGCGAAAGCGAAGGCUGACACGGUUGCCGUCUACAGUGGCCUCCGGACAGUCGGCUCUCUAUUGCUUACCAACUCUGACUUCCGCCUUUUUCUCGGCGACCUUGACGUCGUGACCCGCGAAGUCUUCAAAGAUACGGCUUUUGCGCUAUCCAGAGCCUCUCAGGAAGCCGGCGAGCGUCUCGAGCCCUCUACCGAUGAACAGGCUGCGGCAAAAGGCAAUGGAUUGCCCAAGACGCCUACGGCGCAGGACUUGGCCGACCAGACCGAGGAGGUCUCGGACGUGUUGAACACGGCCGCUUCAACGGUUGCUAACGAGACUGGAGAGAGCGUGCUACAGAGGCUGGAUGGUGCAGAGGGGGAUACCAUGGCUCGCCGGCUCCAACAUGCCGUCGUGAACUUACGUCAACGACGAGACUAUUCCGAUUCGGUUUCGACGCUCUCGCUGCUGUUCAAGCGCUACGCCAUGGCGUACUCUCGCGUCAUCCGCGACACGGUGGACACGGCUGAGGAGGAUGUAAACCGCAACCCGGAGACCGACCGGGCGUUGCGGAACUUAUGGAUGUUUGUCCGCUCAUUUGGUGAAGCCAAGGAGUGGGAGGAACUGGAGAGGCGGGCACAGGCGGUCGUGGAGCAUAGUCGCGAUGACCCUGAGUUUGAGGACCUCGUGGGCAAACUAGGCGAUGCCUUCCAAGAGAUGUUUACGGAUCCUGCCUUUUUUGACCACGCCGAAGAGCGCUUUCAGGAACUCCGAGACAAAUCCAAAGCGUUGUCGUCCCACUCGUCUCUACGCGACGAUGUCGACGGCCUGCUCUCUCAGCUACAGUCGACGUUCAACUCGAUGCUCCGAGACCAGGAUGUGGCCAAGCUCAUCAAGACGUCAAUUACCAUCAGCAGGAUUUUGUCGCCAAAACACCACUAUGCCAACACCGAACUCCUCGAAGACUCGAUCAAUGUGUUUGCCCCGCUGGUGAUCCAAGCCGUCAACUACAUCCCCAUACCACGAGUUGAGGUGUCCACGCCACACGUUGACCUCCUGCUCGAGAAUCUGGUUUUGGAGCCCGGUAUCACGAUCAACCAUACUUCCUUCUUCCCCUACAAGCUCCGCGUGGAGACACUCAACGACAUUGAGAUCCGCAAGGCCCGGUUCCGGACGACCUCCGCGAUGCGAACACUCAUGCGCGUCCGCAUUGACGGCCUCUCCAUUCGCGGUGAAGACAUUGGGUUUUGGCUGCGCGCGCACUCGGGUCUUCUCCGCGUCGCCGACGAGGGGAUCGCGUCUUUCGCCCUCGAUGAACGCGGUCUCGACAUCCAGCUCGACAUCGAAGUCGGCCGCGACCGGCUCGAGAAGAUUCUCACGCUCCGCGCGGUCAAAGUCCAUAUCCACAAGCUCAACUGGACCCUCCGCCGCAGCAAGUUCAGCCUCUUCGCCUGGCUUCUCAAACCCUUGCUCACACCCCUCAUCCGGAUCACCUUGGAAUCCAAGAUUGCAUCCGCUCUCGCUGACGCCCUGCACUUUGCCAACCGCGAAUUGAUCUAUGCGCGGGAACGCCUGCGCGCCACGCGCAUCGCCGACCCGGACGAUCUCAAGACCUUUUUCCAGGCCGUCCUUGCGCGGCUGACUCCUGCGGAUGAUCCAGAUCUCUAUACUCGUAUUGGGGUGGACGAGCCUGGAAGGGGGACAACUGGGGGUGAUGUGUUUGAGGGGGUGUAUGCACCGGGGAGUAUAGUCAAGGUAUGGCGGGAGGAAGCAGCGCGAGCACCGCAGAGAAUAAGGGAGGGUGAAGAAGAAGGGUGGAGGAAUGCCGUUUUUGAUGUGCAAACGGUACCUAUGUAA